UCUCUCUCUCUCUACGUCCCUCUGUCUGUAUCUCUCUCUCUCUCUCUCUCUCUCCCACUUCGUGUUCCCUCCGUAUCUUUGGUGGUGGAAUGGAUGCACGAGCAACAAGCGCCCGUGGCCGUGGGCAGCCCGCGCAGACUUCGCGGGGAUAGCGCGUGGCAGAGCCGCACUCCACUUGCCGCGGUUUCUCAAGCGGUUCGGUCCCUGGGAUUCGACCGGUUUCCUCACCUCGCUCUACCUCCGUGGGAACCGUAUGGCCCGCGCGUGCGUGCGUACAGGAUAGUCUCGUGCGCUUGACUUCGACAAUGCGGAACUUUGGAUUUCCAGAACUGUUGUAAAAAAAAAAGUGCCCGGUUUAAAGGUUCCCGUUUUUCCCGCGUUCUCGGUUCUACCGGACACAUCCGAGGGCAGAGGUUCGGUUUGGAGAGGCACCACCAUGGCGCAGCUGAAACACCGCCUCGCGCUCCGCUUCUUGUGGCUGCUCCACGCGCUUCUGCUGGACCUCGCGGGCUCCCAGGAGAUUUACGCGCCACAUUCUAUCCGCGUGGAGGGCGACGUGACGCUGGGGGGGCUCUUCCCCGUCCACGCGCGGGGGCUCCCGGGGGUCCCGUGCGGGGACAUCAAGAAGGAGAACGGAAUCCACCGGCUGGAGGCGAUGAUGUACGCGCUGGACCAGAUCAACGGCGACGAGGAGCUGCUGCCCAACAUCACGCUGGGGGCGCGCGUGCUGGACACCUGCUCGCGGGACACGUACGCGCUGGAGCAGUCGUUGACGUUCGUGCAGGCGCUCAUUCAGAAGGACACGUCGGACGUACGGUGCACCAACGGCGAGCCACCCGUGUUCGUGAAGCCGGAGAAGGUGGUCGGGGUGGUGGGCGCCUCGGCCAGCAGCGUCUCCAUCAUGGUGGCCAACAUUCUACGGCUCUUUCAGAUCCCCCAGGUGAGCUACGCCUCCACGGCGCCGGAGCUGAGCGACGACCGGCGCUACGACUUCUUCUCGCGGGUGGUGCCCCCGGACAGCUUCCAGGCCCAGGCCAUGGUGGACAUCGUGAAGACCAUGGGCUGGAACUACGUCUCCACCCUGGCCUCCGAGGGCAGCUACGGGGAGAAGGGAGUGGACGCCUUCAUGCAGCUCUCCCGGGAGGCUGGUGGGAUAUGCAUCGCCCAGUCCCUGAAGAUCCCCCAUGACCACAAAGCGGCGGACUUUGACAAGAUCAUCCGUCUGCUCCUGGACACGCGGUACGCCCGGGCCGUCAUCCUCUUCGCCUCCGACGAGGACAUCAGGGGCAUUCUGAACGCCAGCAAGCGGGCCGACCAGGUGGGCCACUUCAUGUGGAUCGGCUCCGACAGUUGGGGGGCCAAGAACAGCCCCAUCCACCAGCUGGAGGACGCGGCCGUGGGGGCCGUCACCAUCCUGCCCAAGAGAGCCAUGAUCAGCGGGUUCGAUGCGUACUUCAUGUCCCGCACUCUGGAGAACAACCGGAGGAACGUUUGGUUCGCCGAGUACUGGGAGGAGAACUUCAACUGCAAGCUCAUGAGCUCCUCCAAGAGGGACGAGAGCAGCCGCAAGUGUACCGGCCAGGAACGUAUCGGCAUCGACUCCAAGUACGAGCAGGAGGGCAAGGUGCAGUUUGUGAUCGACGCGGUGUACGCCAUGGCCCACGCCCUCCACAACAUGCAGAGGGACCUGUGCCCGGAGCUCUCGGGCAUCUGCCCCGACAUGGACCUGGCCGGGGGCAAGAAGCUCCUCAAGUACAUCCGCAGCGUGGGCUUCAAUGGAAGUGCCGGUACGUCGGUAACGUUUAACCGUAACGGCGACGCCCCCGGGCGGUACGACCUCUUCCAGUACCAGUGGAACAACGUUACCGGACCAGGGUACCGCGUGAUCGGACAGUGGACGGAGCACCUGCACCUCAACAUCGAGGACAUGCAGUGGCCCCGAGGGGAGCUGCAGAUCCCCAGCUCGGUGUGCAGCCUGCCCUGCAAGGCGGGCGAGAGGAAGAAGGUGGUGAAGGGCAUGCCCUGCUGCUGGCACUGCGAGCCCUGCGACGGCUACCAGUACCAGCACGACGAGUUCACCUGCAAGCUGUGCUCCUACAACAUGCGGCCCAACCCCAACCUCACCGCCUGCCAGCCUAUCCCCAUCGUCAAGCUGGAGUGGAGCUCGCCCUGGGCAGUGAUCCCAGUGUUCCUCGCCGUGAUGGGCAUCAUGGCCACCAUGUUCGUCAUGGCCACCUUCGUGCGCCACAACGACACGCCCAUCGUGCGCGCGUCGGGGCGGGAGCUGAGCUACGUGCUGCUGACGGGGAUCUUCCUGUGCUACAUCAUCACCUUCCUGAUGAUCGCCAAGCCCGACGUGGGCGUGUGCUCCAUGCGCCGGAUCUUCCUGGGGCUGGGCAUGUGCAUCAGCUACGCCGCGCUGCUCACCAAGACCAACCGCAUCUACCGCAUCUUCGAGCAGGGCAAGAAGUCGGUGACGGCGCCGCGGUUGAUCAGCCCCACCUCCCAGCUGGCCAUCACCUCCAGCCUGAUCUCCGCCCAGCUGCUGGGGGUGUUCAUCUGGUUCGGCGUGGACCCGCCCAACACCAUCAUAGACUACGACGAGCAGAAGACCAUCAAUCCGAGUCUGGCGAGGGGGGUGUUGAAGUGCGACAUCACGGAUCUGCAGAUCAUCUGCUCGCUGGGGUACAGCAUCCUGCUGAUGGUGACGUGUACGAUCUACGCCAUCAAGACCCGCGGCGUGCCGGAGAACUUUAACGAGGCCAAGCCCAUCGGCUUCACCAUGUACACCACCUGCAUCGUCUGGCUGGCCUUCAUCCCCAUCUUCUUCGGCACGGCGCAGUCUGCGGAGAAGCUGUACAUCCAGACCACCACGCUGACCAUCUCCAUGAACCUGAGUGCCUCGGUGGCGCUCGGCAUGCUCUACAUGCCCAAGGUGUACGUGAUCCUGCUGCACCCGGAGCUCAACGUGCAGAAGAGGAAGCGCAGCUUCAAGGCCGUGGCCACCGCCGCCACCAUGUCCUCCCGCCUCUCCCACAAGGCCAGCGACCGGCCCAACGGCGAGGCCAAGACGGAGCUGUGCGACAACGCCGACCCCAACAGCUAAUUUCAUAAUGUAUCAGAGGUCCAGCUGCAAAGAAAACAUACGUGAGCUACAACGACCUUGCGAUCUGACAGCAUCCUUCCAUCAGACAGAGAGACAGAGCGACAUAAAGGGAGAGGGGAGAGAGAGCGAGAGAGAGCGAGAGAGAGAUUGAUGGAGAAGAGAUAGAUGGAAAACAAAGUGACGAAAACAGUAGCUACCGUCACCACCACGAAAGUUGACCCAAAGCAAAGCGGUGAGGGUGGCUUCCUGUUUCCUGUCUCAUGUGCUUCACUGCCCACCUCACAUUCAAGGAUUCCCGGCCAAUCAGCAGCCUGCUACAGCAAAAGGCUUCUGGGAAAUUUUCCUUUGACCAAACCGUGUCAACUUUGUGCGAUUGGGCCUCGAAAAGAAAGAGUAGGACUUAAAAAGAAGAAUACAUUGAAAACAAAACAACUAAACGAUUUCAAAGCUUGGGGUUGGAAGGACAAAGGCCAAUUAUCUUCUCAGUGUAAUUCAAACACGCGUGGUUACCUUUUUUGUGGCAGUUGGGCCAGGCAGCAUGUUUGUGCACCAUUGGAUUUAGACCACUCCUGGGUUGUGCUCGAGAACUGAGGCCGUUUCACGGUUUAUCACAGGGGGAUCCCCCCCCUCUGAGCACUUCAAGACGGGCUUAUCCCCACUGCCAAGGUCAUACAGCAGUCAGCUCAGCAUGCCAUCACUGUAGAAGGCGUGAGUGCAUCCGCGGUACAGGACUUUGACCAGCGGGGGCGCCAAAGCCUCUCAUCUUUAAAUGUACCUCCAAACUGCAAGUUUUUUCCCAACCCUUUUCCCCCCUCUGUCUCUGUGUCGUCUGUUCUGGCGUAGGUGUUGGCCUCCUUUCUCUGAUUGUUGACAGUUUUCUAACACGAUGAUGAUGAGUAUGAUGUCCAUGAUGAUAAAUCUAUUUUUGGUUGUUUGUUUUUUUGGUUUUCCUUGCUUCUUGGAUGCACUUUUAUUUAGAUUGAAGCCAUAUUCUUCUGUUUGAGAGAAGCUAAGAUUUCUGGUAGUCUGUCUCCCAAGGUUGUGCGGUUAGUUUAGUUAGAAAUUGUUUUCAAAAUAAAAGUAUGAAGUUUGGAACUUAAACCUCUCGUUGUAAUAUCUCACCCUCGUUCUGUGCAAGUUCAUCAUGGUCCUCUAAACUAAGACUGAACCACAGACAGAAAUGCAAACAGUGAGCUUUUGAUUCCAGGAGCUCAGAGAAACAGGAUCCAUCUAAUCCUGUUCUGUUCCUUUAAACCUUUGAUUCAUUUCCAGUUGGUUGUUUGUUGUCCAAUUGGUAAAAAACCGCCCUCCCAUUCUGAAGUGCGUGUGUGUUCGUCCUCAUAUUCACACGCAGAAAUUCUUUCAGUAUUUUGUCCGUGCACCAUGAUGAUGAAGAUGAAGACGAUGACGGAGAAGACGACCCUUUACUGUGUUUAAACAGACGAGACCGGGCGCCCCGUUCGACCCAGGGGCCCCGAUGGUGGUUAUGGUUGUAAAUGCAUGCCUGAUAUGUUUGAUGUUGAAACUGAAUCCGAAAAAAAUAUAAAAAGAAAAAAUAAUAUAAAAUAAAGGAUUGCUGCGAACUCGUCACGACAUGGUAACUACCACCUCUCCUCUGGUCCGUCCUGAUCUAUACACUGUUGGUUUUCUGUGUUUGUUGGUUUUUAAAAGCUUUUCGUUUGGGUUAAAUGUGGCAGUUGGGAUAUAUUUUUCUCACUUGGCAGAAUAUGGCUUCGGUUGGUCUUGGGAGUCUCUUACCGUCCGAAACGGAAAAUCAAGAAGAAGUAGAAGAAAAAACCGAACCGAACUACGAACGAUGGAUCUAUAUUUAAAAGCAAAACAGAAAAAAAAGACAAAGCAUGUAUGUUUUCUACUGUUUGUACUCAGUAUCUCCAUGUUGCCCUUGCUGCUUCUGUGCCAAUGCUGUGGGAGAGGUCAGUGACCCCUCAUGCAAAUGUUCUGUGGUGUUGUCCAAGAAUGUAUUAACAUCAAAAUAAAAAGAUUUGGUUAUUUUUUUUAUAUUUCCUGAA